UCCGCGUUUCAAUGAGUUUGCCGAGAGCGCAACUGGAGUAGAGACUGGUUUCAGCGUGGAGCAAGCCAACAACUCUGUCCACUCCACUCCACUCCACAGAGAAAAUGGAUUACCGACGGAUUAAGCGUAUUUUAUUUGUCCACGUAUUUAUGAACAGUGUAUUUAUUUCUCUUCAGAAAAAAGAAGAGGUGCUGUUGGAUAUGAUGGCAUCUGGAGCAGAGUUGGGUUGGUUGACAUCACCUGUUGAUCAUGGGUGGGAGAUCGGCCAGAGGGCUGUGAACGGUUCUCUUUUAUAUAACUACUAUAUAUGCAAUGUGGAGGAGCGAGAACAAGACAACUGGCUUCGUACUACGUUCAUCCAGCGCAACCCCACGGCCUCACGGGUCUUCGUGGAGGUGCGAUUCGUCGUCCGUGACUGCAACUCUUUCAAUGCAGACUCCCUCACCUGCAAGGAGACCUUUAAUUUGUAUGCCUCGGAAGCUGACGCUGACAUUGGCACUGCUUUCCGCAAAGGCCAGUUCCGGAAAGUGGCCACCAUCGCUCCAGAUGAAAUAUCCAGCCUUGGGGAGAUGAAGAUGAACAUUGAGACAAAAAUAGUGGAUAAUCUUUCUCGUAAAGGCUUUUACCUGGCCUUCCAGGACAUUGGGGCCUGUGUGGCCAUCUACUCUGUCAGGGUUUACUAUAAAACAUGUCCAGCAACAGUGAAGAGCUUGGCAGCGUUUCCUGAGACAGUGGCAGGGGGAGAGAACCAGGCCCUGCGGGAAGUGGCUGGAAGUUGUGUAGAAAAUGCUGUAAGUGAGGACCAACCUCGCAUUUACUGCACCGCCGAUGGGGAGUGGGUGGUACCCGUGAGCCAGUGCCAGUGCAGACCUGGGUUCGAGGCCAUGAAGGACGCAUGCCAAGAAUGUGGGCCAGGCUUCUUCAAAUCAUCAGUGUCCACCGAGGCCUGCAAACCUUGUCCAGAAAACACCCAACUUUCGGGGCCCGGCGCCAUCAGCUGUUCCUGCAAAGAGGGCUUUUACCGGGCACCUGCGGACCCUGAGACAGCGGCUUGCUCCGGUUUACCCUCGUCUCCUCAAAGUCUAGUGGCCACGACAGCUCAGAUGCCAAUAGGCAAGCUUCGGUUAUCAUGGAAACCUCCCGCAGACACUGGCAGUCGCAGCGACAUCACGUACGCUGUGGCUUGCGAAUGCUGCGAAGGAAAAGUGUGCCAGUCUUGUGGCGAAAAAGUUCGUUUCGACCCGAGCGGCACUGACCUGAAGGAGACCAAAGUGAUUGUGAGUGAACUGGAGCCGCAUCUGAACUACACGUUCACCGUGGAGGCGCGUAGCGGAGUGUCUCAGUUCAGCAGUAAAAGAGCCAUCAGCAGCAUUAACACCGCAUUGCAUUAUACAGAUCCUCCAAAAGUGACCGCGAUGCACCUGGUGGAGAGCGGCCCCACCAGUCUUUCCCUGCAGUGGUCCGUCUCUCACCGCGCCAAGCCCGUCGCCACACGCUACGAACUGAUGUAUCGCAAGAAGGAGAACGAUGAGGAGAAAGCCAGAGGAAAGGUCACUACCUACACCGUGCUGGUGUUGGAAAAGAACUCUGUCCAGAUCAGUAAUUUAUCUCCUUCCACCGUCUACUUGGUUAAAGUCCAAGCUCUCAGUCCAGAGGGAAACCCGGGCAGCUACAGCAUGGAGCAGGAGUUUUCAACACUCCCACAAACCCUUCAAAAAACGGGAAACACGGCAGUGAUCCUUGGUGCAGCGGUUGGGGGAGGUGUCAUGCUUUUCAUCGUGGUGGUGAUCCUGCUUCUCCGAAAACGCCGAAGGAACUCUCACACCAGGCAGGGGCCAGAGGACACCUAUUUCUCCAGCCCAGACCAACUGAAGCCGUUGAAGACCUACGUUGAUCCUCACACGUACGAAGACCCAAACACAGCGGUGCUCAAAUUUGCCAGCGAGAUUCAUCCCAAUCACAUCACCAAGCAGAAAGUCAUCGGCGCCGGUGAGUUUGGUGAGGUGUUUCGGGGAAUUAUGAAAGCUCCAGGUCGGAAGGAGACUGCAGUAGCGAUAAAGACGCUAAAGCCGGGCUACACCGAGAAGCAGAGGCAGGACUUUCUCGGUGAAGCCAGUAUUAUGGGACAGUUCUCACAUCAAAAUAUUAUUCGACUGGAGGGGGUGGUCACCAAAUUCAAACAUGCCAUGAUUGUGACCGAGUAUAUGGAAAAUGGCGCUCUUGACAAAUACCUGAGGGACCAUGAUGGCGAGAUGUCCUCCUUCCAGUUGGUUGGUAUGCUCCGUGGCAUUGCGGCCGGAAUGAAAUACCUCUCAGACAUGAGCUAUGUACACAGGGAUUUGGCUGCCCGCAACAUCUUGGUCAACAGUAACCUGGAGUCCAAAGUGUCUGACUUCGGUUUGUCACGUGUUUUGGAGGAUGACCCCGAGGGAACCUAUACCACCAGUGGAGGUAAAAUUCCUAUUCGCUGGACUGCUCCGGAGGCCAUCGCUUACAGGAAAUUCACGUCAGCCAGUGAUGUGUGGAGUUUUGGCAUUGUCAUGUGGGAGGUCAUGGCCUUUGGGGAGAGACCUUACUGGGACAUGAGUAACCAUGAGGUAAUGAAGGCCAUUAAUGAGGCUUUCCGGCUCCCCGCUCCAAUGGAUUGCCCCUCUGCUGUUUAUCAACUGAUGUUGCAGUGUUGGCUGCAAGAUCGCUCCAAACGGCCCCGCUUUGGUGACAUUGUCAGUUUGUUGGAUAAACUCCUUAAGAGCCCAGAUUCCCUGAAGGCCAUUGCAGACUUUGACCCACGAGUUUCCAUCCGGCUUCCCAGCACCAGUGGCUCAGACGGCUCUCCCUUCAGGUCUGUGGCCGAGUGGCUGGAGUCCAUCAAGAUGAGCCAGUACAGCGAAAACUUCAGCAUAGCAGGAAUCGUCAGCAUGGAGCAGGUGCUACAGAUGAAGAGCGAGGAUAUUCGGAACAUUGGAGUCCGUUUACCGGGGCACCUAAAGAGGAUUGCCUACAGCAUCUUGGGGCUUAAGGAUCAAACCAGCACCCUGAGUGUGUUUGCUGUGUGAACUGUUUUUAAAACUCGCCAAAGGGACCAACCCCCCGUGUACUGAAUAAACUCUAAGAUGCCUUGGGAUCGGACUGCAGGGACAGCCCUCGAUCUGCCCAUAACCCCCCAGCCAAGAUGGACUCUUCGUCGCUGUGGAGACUUGUAGCAGAUUUGAUGUGCUUAUCAAAAAUGGAGGGGGGGAGGGCGAACGUGUAAAACAAUCAAAAAGCUAUUGAUGUUUGAAUCAAACCAUGUAUAUAGAUAUAUUUUUGCAUAUGCAUAUGUUUAUUUUUUAGAAACAUGUAUAGUAGUUGCUUUAGUUUUUCGUUUAGUUUCAUAUGCAUGCUUUAUUUUGCCAGAGAGCAACCAAUGCAGUUGUCACACUCUGAUCUUAAAGUCAAAGCCAGCAUUUCUCCUCCAAUGUUGUCAGAAUGGGCCGUGUAUAUGACUGAGCUCUUUAACAUUAGCUUGGAUGCUGCGACAACAUGACUGUCUGCAUUAAGAGAAAGAACCAGCCUUCCUCUACCAGAAAUGUGGAAUCAAAGCUGGUGGUUAUGGGUUUAACGUAAGACUUAGUGAUGUUCAGUGGAGAUCAAGGUGAUUGCGUUCUGGUUUCUAUCGUAGCUUGAGCUGGCCGUGAUUUGAUGUCGGGCGCGCUGAUGACAUUUUCUUUACAAUUACAAUCUCAGUGCUAUGUGCUUUGAACCAUCAAGUUUCAAGUCUCUGGUUUGAAUGAAGUGGAGCAGCCAGUCGAGAGGAGAGAAGCAGACGCAGCACCAUGAAAUUAAAAGCACUUAAAUCAGAAAUCUCAGCAGCUGCGUGGACGAGACUUAAAUGCGGGUUGUCUCAUCCCUUAUCAUUAUGGAAGGUUGCUGUUAUGAUGGUAUUCGGGAUUGAAGGGAACACGGAGCACGCAAAAUGACAACAUGGAAAUGGUUAAAGAAUCGAAGAAAAAAGAAGACUCAUUUUGGCAUGCAAAGCUGUCACGUCGGACUGAAUCAAAUAGGAAAAUCUGUUUGGCAGUGCGCUGCAAACAAACGCACGGCUUUGAAUUCGAGAUAUUUGCGCCGAGCGACAAUCCGAGCAAAAUAAGGGAAUGAUCAGAAGAAAUCUACAAACAGUUUUGUUUACCGGGAUAUGUGGUUGAUAUAACAAGGUCUGUUAUUCAUUCUGUAUCAGCAGAUUAAAGCACAGUUGCCUGGAGCUGUGAAUUGUGUGGAAUAUCUUUGGCAGAUUCAGUUUAUGAUUAACUGAUACAAGAUAUGCGGGGAUGAAAUGUUAUAGCCUGCGAUUAUUUCCUCUGAAUUACAGAACCUCAUUGUGGUCUAAAAUGGGAAUAUAGAUACGAAUAUGAAAGGUUUUGUUAAUGGUUUCUUGUUAAACAGGAAGGUUAGGGUUAUUUGUAUUUACAAAGGAUAGAAUUAACUAUCUAAUGUCCUUUAACUUUUUGGUAAAGACACUUAUGGUAUCGGAUGAUAUUGCAGUUCCAUGGGCUCUUCCGUGUUUUGGAAUGACAUAUUUAGUGUUUGUUUGCAAAACUUAUGUUUCAUAUCUUUUCUAAGUGUGGUAUGAUUGAUAACACACCUGAAAAGGGAUUUUUUCUUUGUAAUGUCUUGCUUUUGACUAUUGAUUUCUGCUCUACGCUGCUCUUUUCCCAAACGUGAAAUAUUAAAAAGCUCUGUAGGAACAUGCAGACCCCACUCAUGGACACAAUUUUCACGAAAACACGUUUGAUUGGGCCAAUUGUUUUGUACUUUAUUUAAGUUUUAUUUAUUUUUUACUUCUAUUUAUUGUCUUAACAACACUGAACUGGGAUUUAUUUUGUAAUUGAAGUUUGUCUUUCAGUCACAAUAAAAUCUUUGUAGCCUUUAUAUUCAAUUUCGCCUUUUAUUACCCCAUUUUUUUAUUCAUUCACUAUACCCACAACAAUAAAA